CAGCUAGCAACUUCGAUUCUAUGAUGGAUCAAGAAGAGCUUGAACGAAAGAUGUUUACUACUUGGGAAGUUUAUAGUGCGAUCCUUAAAUCGAAGGAACGCGAUUCUGAUUCUUAUUUGGAUUGGAAAAGGAGACUUGACAUUGAUCAGUUGGCUAGCGAUUUGAGGUUGGUCCUCACUAAGGAUCGCCCCUCUGCUUAUUACAUAUCAGACAAGGAAAAGGAUGCUUGUGAUCGAUGGGAUACCGCGAGCGGUCAUGUCAAGAAGUUUUUGUUGGCCUCGGUCGGCAAUGCUCUUGGCAAGAUUGACAAGCCCGACAGGUCAUUGAUUGAAGAACCUAAAUGGUUUGAUGAAAUGUCCACCAAGUGUCUCAUGAGAUCGGUGGUGAACAUUUUGAGGAGAACGGUCUUGAAGGAGAACCAAAACAUUAACGACUAUGUCGUGGAAAUGGUUGACGGUUUUGAUAGACUCGAGGCGUUGGGUGGGAAAAUAGGCCCAGAAACCCAACAACUCAUGAUUCUCGACGGACUUCCAAAGAGCUAUGAGAAAGUAAAGAAAGAGAUAAUGGACAAGCUUUGGCCAACAUCUCUUCUAGUACUCUCUAGCAAGCUCAUUGAGGCACAAGUCCAGAUAAGGAAGAUGGAGGGUGGGAUGGUCAAUAACUCCACUGACCUAAGACGCAAGUCUGACAUGGCAGAGAGUUCGAGCCAACCCAAUGUGAUUAGGAGGAAGACAUGA